UCUAGCUAGCCCCCCAUUACCCAGUUUCCUUUGCUUUUCCAUCAUCAAAUGAAUCAUUCAUCCAUGGAGAUAAAAGGUAGAGAGACUAUCAAAUGACAUAAGAAAAGGGAAAGAGUGUGCUGGUGGAUCUCUCAUGCAGCUGCUUCCACUUCACAUGGAUACCGUCUUCUCGCUCCCCAACGAAGCAGACCGUGCCACCUAUCUUAGAUCCCUAGUGCAGUCUUUUGGCUGUAAUUACAUUUGUCUUUGGUUUUACUUGCCUCAGCCAAACCACCGUUUAUACUUCUUGGAUGGGUAUUACGAUGAAGAAACCAACGCAAUUGGCUCUUCGACGGGAAGCUUAGCUCGGAGACUUUUUGAUGAAUAUCGGCAAGAAGUGUUCUUCAUUGUAAAUGACCGUGUUCCCGGAAUGGCUUUUGUCAAUGAACAACUCUACAGAGAGCUAAAUGAAUCUGAACUUCAAAGAAUGGCAUCUGCUGCUGUGCAGCAGCAAUUCUACAAAGAAGCGAGGAUCAAGACUGCAGUCUUUAUCGGGUGCAGGAGUGGGGAAAUUGAAAUGGGCUGGUCCAACGGGAUGACUCAAGUAAGAGAACAAAUCAAUAAUCUUUAUACGUUUCUGAUUAAAGCUUCAUCGUGAUUACAGCAUGUUUUUGACGAAGUCCAAUUGAGUUUUCUCUUUCAGAUUAACAUGGAAAAUCCAUAUUGGCCUUCAUCAUCUUCCUUGUCAAUGAGGUCACUGUCCAUGGAUAGCGCAGAUAGCUCUCCUUUGUUGUUCAAUAUUCCAAGCACGUCAAGCGCAGUCCAACAAGUCUCGCAAUCUCUGCGACCAGUACCCACCACAACCAGCCCACUUCAACUGGCCAUGCAAUCUCUGCAGCCGGCACCGAGCACCACUAGCCCACUUCAACCUGCAAUGCAAUCAACCAGUAAUCACCAAGUAGCCAUGCGAGAAUUUGCGCUGACGAGAAACGUUCAUUUGCCAUCCCAAGAAAGUGAAGAUGCUGCAAUGAUUAGUGCCAUUCUGGCAGUUCUAACAUCUCCUUCCUCUUCUACAAAUUCUUCAAUAACAUCUAACUUACCUUAUAAUUACUGCGAAAGGCAGAGAGCUAGUGCUUUCAAGAAUUAUCAAGCUCCCUCAAGACAAACGAGACAAAAUUUACGCAGGCAAAGUAUGCUUAAACGAGCAAUUACUUAUUACAGAAGCUUAAAUAUUGUGAGAAGGCAACAUAUGCUGGCAAGUCGCCCCUCCAACUCUCAGUUGCUCCACGUGAUAUCAGAGCGUAGAAGGCGUGAAAAGAUCAAUGAAACCUUUGAAGCAUUGAGAAAACUUCUCCCUCCAGUAGCCAAGAAAGACAAAGCGUCAGUGCUUAAUCGAACAAGGGAGUACUUAACCUCUCUGAAUGCUGAAAUCGAGAAACUUAGCAAGAAAAACAAGCAAUUAGAAGCACAACUGCAACAACUACCUGCAGAAGAAGUUGCAGAAGAAGAAGGCAGUGAGUCCUCAAAUGAAAGACUUGAACUCAGGGUUACACAAGUCUCUGAAACAACAUCAGAAGAACAAAGAAUCAUCGACCUUCAAGUUGUAAUAAGAGGAGAAUCCCCUGUUCAAGAAAUGUUGAUUCGGAUUCUCGAGUUCUUGAACCAAGUUAACAAUGUGAACGUGAUAUUCAUAGUAGCCAGUACACGAACAACAGAAUCAAGAUCUGCUAACCGUGUAAGGUUGAGACUGAAAAUUGAGGGUGAAGAAUGGGAGGAGUCUGCCUUCCAGGAAGCAAUAAGAAGAGUUGUUGCUGACCUGGCACAGUAACACUGACACUGACAUUUUUCAACUCUGUCUCUUCUCACGUUUGGAAAAAUUAUAGUGUGAAUCUGUUAUUUUUAUAUUAUGAAAUGACAAACUAUUAUAAAUUUUACAACUUGUUCAAUUUUUUUUUAAUUUUAGAGUAUACUUUA